UCCAGCAUCAAAACUUUUGGAAUGAGAAUGAAAGCAGUUGUAGCCUUUAGCAGAAAAGCGAGGGAGAGAUAGCUAAACCUGUUAUUUUAAAUAUAUAUUUUGUUUAAUUAGGCUAAUAUUGUCACAAAUCUUAUAAAACAACGCCGUUAAAUGAAUAAUGCGACGGAGGAUUGAUGGGAUUGAUGUCUGAGGCGAGCCCUGAUUGGCAGCACAGGAUGAAGAAGAAGAAAUACCAGAAGCUGUUUUUUGUGGUUAUUGUUGCUUGGCUGCUACUAUCGAUUAUUUUGUUCUGUCAUAGCACAAACUCCAACUUGGACAUCUUCCGCCCUUUUGUACUUUCAACUUCCAUACAGGGCAAUUUAAGGCCUAUUGAAAAAAAUCGCCAUCAUGGCAGACCAGACAUACUUCCUGAAGGGGGUUCAGAUGAGAACUGGGCAGAUAAAGUGGUUAGAGAACUAUGGAUGGGAAGGGCAUCCUCUUACAUGCUGAGUUCAUAUCUUCUGAAUGUCAAGAAGAACUAUACUGCUAUCAACCUUUACAAGGUGACAUACACAGGACAAUGGAAGAAGCAAAGAGACAGAAAACAACUCCUGUGCCAGCUGAAGCAGCAGGAACCACUCAGGACCCUGACCGGGUUUGAGGAACCGUUUGCCAGCCUGGGAUGGAAGAAGCUGGUGCCUCAUCAACCUCUGGAGCAGGCCAUUAGCGCCACCUACAGGACAUGUGCUGUGGUUUCCUCAGCAGGUGCCAUUCUCAACUCGUCCCUGGGUAGGGAGAUUGAUUCUCACGAUGCAGUGCUUCGGUUUAAUGCUGCUCCAACUGAGGGCUAUGAGAAUGAUGUGGGCAGCAAGACCACCAUCCGCAUCAUCAACUCACAGAUUAUGGCAGAUCCACGGCAUAGGUUUGCUUACAGUAAUAUUUAUAAGAAUAUUACACUUCUGGCUUGGGACCCUGCGCCAUAUUCUGGCAACCUUGAAAACUGGUACAAGAAACCCGAUCAUAACCUUUUCACACCAUAUAUUAAACAAAGGAGGAGAUCUCCAUCACAGGCUUUCUACAUCAUGCACCCAGACUUCCUUUGGAACCUGUGGGACUUUCUUCAGAGCAACACAGAAGAGAACGUCCAUCCCAAUCCUCCCUCAUCAGGGUUUAUAGGCAUCAUCCUAAUGAUGAGCUUAUGCGAGAAGCUUGACAUCUACGAGUUCAUCCCGUCCAAAAGGCACACAACCCUGUGCCACUACUACGACCAUUACCAUGACGUUGCUUGCACAUUGGGAGCGUAUCACCCGCUGUUUUAUGAGAAGCUCCUCAUCAGAAGAAUGACCACUGUUUCUUUGGAUGAAGUUGUAACAAAGGGCAAGGUUACUCUCCCAGGGUUUAGUCAGAUCGACUGUUCAGGACAUGAAGUGUAAUAAAGAUGGCAGAAUAAACUCGGAGAUCAAUUAAAAA